AUGAAAAACACUCAAACUCAAAACAAAAAGAGCAACGGUAGAAAAAAUGGGAAAAAAUCUCAAUCAAGUAUCUCAACCUAAAAUAAAGUCAUAGACCUUCCUUAAGUUCAAGAUAAUUUAUAAAUUGACACAGAAAACAAACAAAUAAACUCUUUAAAUAGUCAAAAUGUACAUAUGCCAUCAUCACUUAGCAACGCUAUGAAUUUUAAUCAAUUCUCAUUGUUAGGAAAUUUGAACAACUUUGGCCAGCUAAAUAGCUAAUACUAAAGCAUUUUACAUUCAGUCCCAUUCCUACUUCAAAACCCAUACAUGAGCCUUUCAUAGUCUUCAUAGUUCAGUCCCAUUCCUAAUGCAUUUAAUUAAAUUCAAUAAAUGAACCCAAUUCUUCAUCAAAAUGUUCCAAUAAAAUAAGAAAUAGCAAGCUAGAUUAAGAAAGAGGUGUAAUAAAAAUAGACUAAUUCUAAUGCCCCCGAUAUUCAGAAAGAUAACAUGACUGAGCAAAAGGUUCAUUCACAAUAAGAUAUAAAGAAAAAGAAUUAUUUUAUUAGCAGCUAUGCAGUGUUUACAAAAGCUCACUACCAUAAGGUUAAAUUAGAAAAUCCAGGUUUUAAUCACAUUGAAAUCGCUAAGUUUAUUGGUUAAAAAUGGAAAGACCUAUCAAAGGAGGAAAGGUAAAUCUACCAAGACUAGGCUUAAGCUAUCAAAAAUUAAGAUAAUUUAGAACAAGGUCAAGCAGGAUUAAAGAAGGGGAAAAGAUAAUGUUAAAGUAAAAAGAGUCCUGAUUAAAAUAAAAAAAUAGGUAAAGUCACUCCAUAUAUUGCCUUCCAUAAAGAAAAAUACUCUUAAUUGAGAAGAGAAAAAGCUGAUAUUACAGUUGUUGAAGCAGCUAAGGCAAUUGCUUUGUUAUGGAAAGAAUUAACUCAGGAAUAGAAAAAUUACUAUAAGCAAGCAGCUGAAUAGUAGACUAAAUUGAAUUAAGAACAUUUGUAAUUGAAGGGUUAGUCACAAAUUAGUAUUGCCAGCAAAGGUUAAAAGAAAAAGUAGUAGAAAUAUGAAGCAGAGUCAGUAGAUAAAUUGUAGGAAUCUGCUUUUGGAGAAAUUAAUGAAAUCUUCAGAAAAUGA